UCGUGCAAUCUCCUUUCGACAAUAUCGCCGUUCACCGUUCUCCUCGACAACAAUUUUUUUUUUUUGCUUGAAAUAAGUGUAUUCGGAAAAUUAGAACACGGCCGCAUUGCAUACCGGUUGGGUCCUUUAAUCAUGUAUGCCCAUUUUUUAUUUUUUUAGGAUAUUAAAGUUUCGAUAAUCAUGAAAGAAGAGGUUUUCUCUCUUCAAUAUUACAAGAUCGUCGCAGCCGUCUAUAUAAUUAUUGCUUUCUUAUCAUUCACGCUAAAUUUCAUUGUUCUGGCAACGUUUGCGACGAACAAGUCACUUCGCACCCCGCGAAACAUUCUUCUUAUUUGUAUGGCUGUCAUCGACCUCUUGUCUUCUUUGCCGACAUCAAUGGGAGCGUACGCUAAUUUUGUUCUUUUUUGGACUUUGGACCCUUUGUUUUGCCACCUCUUUGCAUUCAAUGCGACUUUCUGUGGUCUAUGUUCAAUAUGGAAUCACGUGGCACUGGCAGCAGAGCGUUUGGUGACAAUUAAAUGGACUUUUUUACAGCUUGUCAACCGUAAAAACAUAGCGAUUGUUGUGUCCAUUUUGGCAUUAUUUUCCCUGUCAUUCAGCAUCUUCCCGCUUAUUGGUUGGUCUUCUUAUAGCCCCGAGCCAGGAUUCACUGGCUGCUCAGUCACGUGGCAUCCCUCCACGUCAAGUGACAUUGCUUAUGUUAUGGCUCUUUUCGCAUUCUUUUUCUUUAUACCAAUCAUUGCCAUGGCUACCUGUUACGUCUGUCUACACAAAGAACUGAASUCCAUGACGAGAAAAGCAAAAUCUACCUGGGGAAAUGAUUCGGCCCAAUCGAUUGAAUCUGUACUUGCWAAAAAAAGGAAUUGUAAACUUUCGCUUGUGAUGUCGCUGGCUUUCUUGGCUGCCUGGACACCCUACGCAGUUGUAACUUUGUACAUGRGUUUUGGAGGGAAUAUUCCUUUUCCUUCGUUGGUUGUUCUACCUUCCAUGUUCGCAAAGUUUUCAGCUAUUUACAAUUCGAUUAUAUACUUUUUCAUGUAUCGCAAGUUCAGAAGGGCUGUUUUGAAGAUGGUGAUGAGAUCACAAAAUAGUUUUAG